CCGCCCUCCCCAGCUCCCCCCAAACUCCCCCCAGAGCCCACUCCUGCCUGUAAGCUAUCUUACACUCCAUCCUUUCACCUCCUUCAUUCGUUCCACAAUGGCUGACGUCUCUCACAAAGAGUCGCCUUCGAGCGAGAAGGCGUCUUUCACGCAGCAACAAACCAGUGAUGCUCCCGCAGCACCACGCCUGGACUUGUCCAAGGAGAACUCCGAGGGCCUGUUGGUCAACGCGCUCUCCGGCAUCUCUCAAGACCAGCUCUUCCGCGAUGUUGACCAAUUCUUGCAAGAGAAGCAGAUCCAAGAGGACCCCGCCUUGUUCCACCGCGCAGCCCUCGCCGCUCAAGAACCCGCACGUUUCGAGUCAAUCGAUGGCUUGCAAGAGGAUGAGCGCAGCGCGCUUCAAAAGGAGCUGACCAGCAGAUGGGCAGCCCCUUGGACACUCUACCUGACCAUCCUGGCCUGCAGCAUUGGUGCGGCUACCCAAGGUUGGGAUCAGACGGGCUCCAACGGUGCAAACCUGUCCUUCCCCGCGGAGUUUGGCAUUGACGGAACUGACCGUGGAGAGUGGAUCGUUGGUGUGGUCAAUUCGGCUCCUUACCUUGCCUCGGCCGCCCUCGGCUGCUGGCUUUCUGACCCUCUCAACAACAUGUUCGGACGUCGCGGUACCAUCUUCAUCACUGCCCUCAUCCUCAUCGCCACCCCCAUCGCCUCCGGCUUCACUCACUCUUGGCAGACCCUCUUCGUCGUUCGUCUCAUCCUGGGUAUCGGCAUGGGUGCCAAGGGAAGCACUGUCCCCAUCUUUGCGGCUGAAAACUCUCCCAACGCUAUCCGUGGAGCGCUCACCAUGUCUUGGCAAUUGUGGACCGCUUUCGGUAUCUUCGCUGGUUUCGUGGCGAACUUGGUCGUUGCAGACACUGGACGCAUCGCUUGGAGACUUCAACUGGGAUCUGCUUUCAUCCCCGCUGUGCCUCUCGCAUUCCUCAUCUGGCUCUGCCCCGAGUCCCCCCGUUGGCUCAUGAAGAAGGGCCGCUACACCGCAGCCUACCAAGCCCUCCAAAGACUUCGCUUCACCAAGCUCCAAGCCGCACGUGACCUGUACUACAUUCACGUUCAGCUCGAGGAGGAGAAGCGCGUCAUCCGCGGAGCUACCUUCGUCAGCCGCUUCACCGAGCUCUUCACCAUCCCUCGUGUUCGCAUGGCCACCAUUGCAGCUUCGACUGUCAUGCUUGCCCAACAAAUGUGCGGUAUCAACGUCAUGGCCUUCUACUCCAGCACCGUCUUCAAGACGGCCGGCCUUAGCGACCGCGAGGCACUAAAGUCAUCCGUUGGCUUCGGAGCCCUCAACUUCGUCGGCGCCAUUCCUGCCAUCUUUGUCAUCGACAAGUUCGGUCGCCGAUCCCUUCUGCUCACGACCUUCCCCAUCAUGGCUAUCUUCCUCUUUGCCGCCGGUCUGAUGUUCCUAGCCCCCAACACUGCCAACCCUGACUUUGGCAUUGUCCCCGAUGCGGACCAAUUCAUCGCCACCAAGGGCAAGCUCGCCGGUAUUGCCAUCUUCAUCUACCUCUUCACCCUGGCAUACUCGAUCGGCGAAGGCCCUGUCCCUUUCGCCUACUCUGCCGAGGUGUUCCCCCUUGCUCAGCGUGAGCAGGGAAUGGGUUGGGCGGUCGCUACUUGCCUGUUCUGGGCCUCCGUCCUGUCCAUCACUUUCCCUAGAAUGCUGCACGUCUUUGGAUCUCUGGGCACAUUCUUCUUCUACGGCGGAUUGAACCUGAUCGCCUUUGUCCUCAUCUUCUUCUUCGUCCCCGAGACCAAGCGUCUCUCCCUUGAGGAGCUUGACGGUGUCUUCUCCGUUGGCAACAGUCGCUUCGCCAGCUACCAGCUCACCAAGACGCUGCCCUACGCCAUCAAAGUUGCGACUCUGCAGCACCCCGAGAAGCCCGUUCCGCUCUUCAAGAAGGUCAAUGUGGACAUCUUGGAGCAAGCUUAAACGCUUUCCCCCACGACGCCUCACCUUUUCAUUUCAAAAUCCCGCCCUGCCUUUGUCAGCCAGCGUGCUUGAGGUCUCUUAUAACGUCACUGGUUCUCCUACUUCGUCCCUUCCUCUGACUAGCCAUGUACUACUCUGAAACGUCUAAACGCGCGCGCC